GACAUUACGCAAUAUUCUGCUUGGGUUCCCGUAAACCCUGCCCUGAGCCUCCCUCCCCCGAGACUGCGCCGAGCGCGGCCAAUAGCAGCCCGGUCCCUGCAGGCUGAUUGGUCAGCCGCCGGAAAGUGUGGGCGUGGCGACGACAGCUGUCAUACAUAAGCCAGACGCGGAAUUUCCAGCCUACAGAAUAGAUCGCGCAGUACACAGUGUGUGUCUAUUAUCAUCAUCAUCAGAGCCCCGGCUCCUUCCACUCUAUAUCGCCGUCAUGAUCCUGGAGCGGGUGAUCGAGGACUCUACGGAGUUUCUGGAUCUUCAGUGGGACAACAGCCCCUUGAAUCUGGCAUACUUCUAUGGAGGCUCCCCCAGUUCUGACCCCGGCUCCUCCCCAUCACACUCCAUGUCCUCCGGGCCCUGCUCCCCCACAUCGGACAGCGAGGGCAGCCUGAGCGCCUCCUGGCCCCGCACCAAUAAGGCUGAACAAGCCAGUGGAGCAGGACGUCAGACAAAGGGAAAUUUUCUAGGGGUUCGAGUUAAGAAUCCUGUGCGGGAACUCCUUACCCGUAUGAGAAAAAAUACUGGCAAUGGAACUGAUGAUUUCCAGAAAUCAAAAAGUCAAGAGCCAUACACUGAAUUAAAGAACAUAUUAAGCCAGAAGCGGAUCAAUGAUUUCAUAUCUGAUGCACCAGCUGCAAAGAAAGUCUGCACCCUACAGUCCAGUUCUUUCUUGACCCCACCGAGUACCCCAAACCCUGGUGAAAUCAUGGAUGAUGCUACAAGAAAAGACAUGAAUGGAGACUCCAAUUCUGACCUGCUCCAGAGUCUAAUUAACAUAAAGAAUGAAUCACAGCCAGUGUCGCUAAACACUGUCCGAGUAGGCUGGAACAUGCACACACAAGGGCAGUUUUGUCAAAGCUUCUCACCUGCUGAAACCAUUCAGGCUUACAAUGUUUCUCCACAGCAUAACAAUGAUCAGUACCAGAUUGGAGUUCCUCAAGUUCAGAAUGUUUCUCAACAGUAUCAUGUUGACUGUAACAAUUACACUCAGGCUGAAAAUUAUCCAGAAACCCUUUGUAACAGUGAUGUCUUCUUGAAUUGCUCCAUAGACAGCUACCUGUCUCUUAUUGAGUCCACCCCUGAACUUACAGUGGAAAAGGUUCCUUCAGAGUCGAUCACUCCAGCCUUCAGCUUGCCUGUCAAUCCUCCUUGCAAUCAGUUUUUAAGUGAUAAUGCUGUGCAGUCUUCUCCAGAUGUUUCCCCAUCAUCGUGUCGUGCAGAAGUCAACCAGACAAGCCCAUUCCAGAUUGGAAAAUCAUUCUUUCAUUGGCAGAUAGAGCAAGAAGAAAAGAAACUUGUCCAUGUGCCCACUGAAAAACUUCUCUCUAAAGAUGCCGACGGUGAUACAUGGCUCCACCUUGCAGUUGCACAAGGAAGACGGGCUCUGUCUUAUGUACUUGCUCAGAAGAUGGCUUCCCUACAUAUGUUGGAUAUAAAAGAACAUAACAACCAGAGCGCUUUGCAAGUAGCUGUAGCUGCAAACCAGCAUCUGAUUGUUCAAGACUUGGUCAACCUUGGAGCACAAGUCAAUACUACGGAUCACUGGGGACGUACACCAGUUCAUGUGUGUGCAGAAAAAGGAUACCCUCAAGUGCUACAGGCAAUCCAAAAAAGCCUAGCAGCCAGCAAUCAGUACAUCAAUGUGGAUGCCACUAAUUACGAUGGUCUGACUCCUUUGCAUUGUGCUGUAAUUGCUCACAAUGCUGUAGUUCAGAGACUCCAUUCUGGUACGCCUGCAACAGAUGACCUGCUAACUAAGAAUAAGGCAAUGGUUGACACCAUUAAGACACUUCUUCACAUGGGAGCUUCAGUAGACUCAAGAGAUCGCAAAAGUGGACGAACCGCUCUACAUUUAGCUUGUGAGGAAGCAAACCUUGAACUUAUGAGUCUUUUCUUGGAGUUGCCAAACAGUCUGCAUUUUAUUAAUGCUAAGGCCUACAAUGGAAACACUGCAUUACAUAUUGCAGCAAGCUUACAGAGUAGAAGAGCCCAUGUAGGGGCUGUGCGACUGCUAAUGAGGAAGGGGGCUGACCCUAGUGCUAGGAACCUAGAGAAUGAGCAACCUGUGCACCUUGUUUCAGAUGGAGCUGUAGGUGAAGAGAUUAGACGGGUUCUCAAAGGAAAAGCAAUGCAGCAGCGUUUCCCAUCCUAUUAGGUUUCCUUGGAAUACACUUUUAGACUCACGCCAGUUAGGCUGUCUUUAAUAUGUAAAUAGGUUUGUCCAAAGUAAUGGGCAAAUGGAAGUUUGUUUCUAUGAAACAGUAUGUUAUUGUUCACUAUUAUAUAGUGACCUUAAUACAUCUCAGCAAUAAAGUCCCGGUUCUUCCAAAUUCUUAUUUUGCUCCAGUAGUAAAAAGAGGGCGUUUUCUUUAUUUCUUAUAUUUUCUUUAAACAACCAACAAGAAAUAUAGCAAAUAUGCAGCUAUUGGUGGCUGGAGACAGUUCCAGUCCCCAUCAACCCUGGACUUUCUGUUUUUUGAUAGUAAGAUUGUAGUUACAAUUUGUCAAUCAAUUCGUAAUUUCAGAAUUUAUUGGAAAUGUCUCCAGUUGAAUGUACCUACAAUGAAGGGCUACAAUUUUAAAGUAUAUAUCAUUAUGUAAAACUUUUAUUACCAUUAUAAGUAUAUUUAGUUGAAUAAAGUUUUAUUUUACAGUUAGACUGGUUUUGCAUAUUGAUAUGUUUAAUCGAGCAUCUAUUAUACUAAGGCAGAUUAAAGUAGGCUUAUGCAGAAAUUUAGACCAGUGAUGAAUUAUGUUAACUAUCCAAAGUGUAAGUUUGCUUUUACCUUUUGUUUUAUCUUAAUAUGAAUGUCUAAGUAGAUGGUGAAUAUAUUUCUUUUUAGUUUAAAUGUUUAAGUUUAUAGUAUGUCUUGUAGACAAAUCUUGUAAUGUGUAUUGUUUAAUGUUUAAAAAUUUUUUAUUAAAAAGGUAAUAAAUUGUACAUUUUUAAAUUAUUUUGUGGUUUUGUUUUACGUAUGUUUGCGAGGAAGUAACAGAACACUCUGGGCUUGCUGUUCUGUAAGCACCUUCUAAUAAUUGGUACCCAUGCUCAGUUGAAGAAAUGUUGUAAUAAAUCUAAUGUAUGUGAAUAUACCCAAAGGCUGGGUUUACAUAGUAUUUUUGGUCAUGAGUUUGUCAUCCUUUUGGUUAGUAUUUUAGUUAAAACCUGGAAUGGGUCUAAAACAGUUUUGCUAUGUGUUUAUUCCACUCCUGGUUUUGGCCAAAUACUGACCAAAAUGCACAGAAAAUAGAUUUUGCUUGUUACAAAUAAUAAAGAAAUUGGUGCUUUUACUACUUGCUGGAUCAAGAUACUAUUGCUGCAGUGAAAGAAAAUAUAACCAUUUUGGUCAAGGUUUCCAACAAGAGCAGAACAAAAAAAUACCCUAAGGGUACGUUCACACGAGCAGAUUCACAGCUUACUUUAUGCUGUGUAUCCGCCGCUGAAGGACAAUCUGUAUUCUGCCUUCACAUGUGCGUGCUCGUAGCGGCAAUACGCCGCUACGUGCAGACACACUGAAAUGAUGUGCGAGUCGCAGCGCAUGUGCGGUGUACUCGCACACAUUGCAGCCGCUCCCCCUGCUUAAUGAGCCAGGCCACGAGCUGCCGUGAUGAUAGAGUAUACUGUGCAUGCACACGGGGACUCGCUUCGCACGGUCUGCUCGUAGCGGCGUAUUGCCGCAACGAGCAGGCACAUGUGAAGGCAGAAUACAGAGGGUCCUUCAGCGGCGGCUCGUGUGAACGUACCCUAGGGCUAAGUUUCCACUUGGUUUUAUCUCUGGCAGUUUUUGGAUAUCUGCCACUGCAGUUUUUGAGCCAAAGUCAGAAGUGGAUCCAUAAGGGAGAAGUAUAAGUCCUUUCUUUAUAUGGCCUAUUCCUUUUUUAAUAAAUUUCUGGCUUUGGCUCAAAAACUACAGUGGCAGUAUUCCUAAAACUGCCGGAAAAAAAAACAAUGGAGACUUAGCCUUAGAGCAAGUAAGGGGCCCUAAACUGAAAAUACACCAAACCCCAGGGCCAUAGCCCGGGGUAAAACACCCCUGUUAAGCUUCCCCUAAAAUGUAACAUUUAUUGUUGAUAAAACAUAAGUAACUCCCAAACUUAUAAAAACCACCUCUGUGAUAGACUGUAUGAAAAUGUUUUUGGUGUACAGGAACUGCCCUGUUAUCAACACAUAGAAAGUACGUAGCACUGCAGUAUACCGGGAUGAUCUCUACCACUGAGUUUAUUAAAAAUAUAUAUCAUGCCUUCUUCCUUGGGGAAGGCAUGAUACAUAUUCUUAAUUCAUAGUAUAUUAUAUACUAUCAGUGCAUGCAGCUUAUGUGCACUAAACAGCACUUUAAUAUUGUGUUUACCAUCUUUGCACUGUCAACAUUAUCCAACCAUAGGAGUAGAUAUCCCUGUUGGGGACAUUAUUACAAAUGUUACCAUUUGUAUACAUAUGAUGAAUUUAUUUUCUUCUGUGCUCCCCCACAGAGUUUUUUUUUUUUUUUAAUCUUGUCUGAGUAUAUGUUGCUAGGGGUGGGAUUUCUUUGUUGUUAAUUAUGU